AUGCCAAUCAAUGUAGAGAGGUAUACAGCCAUGUUGGUCAAUGUUUAUAUAACACAAGGAGACCAUGCGGGAGAUGGUGUGACAGUAUCCUUGGUUACCCCAAAUGAGCCUGGUUCCAAGAAUGCUUUACUGAGAAGUAAAGAGAAUUUGGAUCAGACUCUUGAUUCAAAAAUGACAGUUACCCACUAUGAAUUAAAUCCAACAAAGGGGCAUACAGUUCAUGAAAAGAAAAGGAAAACGGGGAGAAGGAAGGUGAAGGGGUUGACGAAAAUGAAGAGGAAUUUGAGGAGGUAG